GGGACAGCUGAGGCCCAGAGAGGUUGAGGCUCUCUCCUGAGGUCACACCGCAGGUGAACGCAGGCUGGAAUUCGACCCGCGUCUGCCUCUUUCUCCCGACGAACCCAGAAUUCUGGCAGCCAGCCUCAGAGUUGCUGUGGUUGUCCAACAAGCAGAGGCAUGAGCUGGGCCCAAGGCAUCCUGCUAGCCCGGAGCCUCUCUCAGGGCUGGAGAGGCGUCUGUGGCACCAUCCUCACGAGAGCCCCCUUCUCUCAGGUACCCUCCCAGGCCCCUCGAGGGCUCCACUGCAGUACAGCCACCCACAACUCCGACUCAUCUCUGGUCCCAAGCCCACCUGAGCCCUUGCGAGGGCCCACCAAGGCCCUGUCACCCCACGAAGAGCUGUUUAGGCAGUCACCGGAUAUGGCCCGGGACAAGGCCAGUUUUGUGCGAGCCGUGCAGAACUUUGGACAGCACAACGUGCACAAGCGGGGCCACGUGGACUUCAUUUACCUGGCCCUGCGCAAGAUGCGGGAGUAUGGUGUUGAGCAGGACCUGGCAGUCUACAACCUGCUGCUCGACAUCUUCCCCAAGGAGGUCUUCCGUCCUCGCAACAUCUUCCAGAGAAUCUUCAUCCACUACCCACGGCAGCAGGAGUGUGGGGUUGCUGUGCUGGAGCAGAUGGAGAACCACGGGGUGAUGCCCAACAAGGAGACAGAGUUCCUGCUGAUUCAGAUAUUUGGGCGCAAAAGCCAUCCCAUGCUCAAGUUCGUGCGCAUGAGGCUGUGGUUCUCCCGCUUCAAGAACGUCAACCCCUUCCCUGUGCCCCGGGACCUGCCUCAGGAUCCAGUUGACCUGGCCAGGUUGGGCCUGCGACAUAUAGAGCCUGACCUCAGCGCCAGAGUCACCGUCUACCAGAUGCCUCCAUCUAAAGACUCCACAGGUACAGCGGAUCCCACUGAGCAGUACAUUGUAGGUAUCCAGAGUCCUGAUCAACAGGCUGCCCUGGCCCGCCACAACCCAGCCCGGCCUAUCUUCGUCGAGGGCCCCUUCUCUUUGUGGCUGCACAACAAAUGUGUCUACUACCACAUCCUCAGAGCAGAAUUGGUGCCCCCUGAGGAAAGGGAAGUGGGAGAAAUUCCAGAGGAAUGGAACCUCUACUACCCGAUGCAGCUGGACUUGGACUACGGGAGGAGCGGCUGGGAUGACUAUGAGUUUGACAUCAAUGAAGUGGAGGAAGGCCCUGUUUUCGCCAUAUGUAUGGCAGGUGCCCAUGACCAGGCCACAUUGGCCAAGUGGAUCCAGGGCCUGCAGGAGACCAACCCAGCCCUAGCCAAGAUCCCUGUGGUCUUCCGCCUAGCAGCGUCCACAGGGGAGCUCCAGGCAUCCUCAGGACUGGAGGAGCCGUUCCCACCACCACUCAAUGGGCAGGAAGAAGAGGAAGACGAUCCACAGCGACACCAGCAGGGCCAGAGCUGAGGCUUGAGCAGGCACAGGCUUGGACUGGUGUGAAAGCAUGAGAUUACCUUUGAAUGUAGAGCAAAUAAAAGUUUUCCGGAUUGGG